GGAAGAAUGCUCCUUACAUUGGUGAUCAGUGGGAAGAAUGUCCCUUACAUUGGUGAUCAGUGGGAAGAAUGUCCCUUACAUUAGUGGUCAGUGGGAAGAAUGUCCCUUACAUUGGUGAUCAGUGGGAAGAAUGUCCCUUACAUUGGUGAUCAGUGGGAAGAAUGUCCCUUACAUUGGAGGUCAGUGGGAAGAAUGUCCCUUACAUUGGUGGUCAGUGGGAAGAAUGCUCCUUACAUUGGUGAUCAGUGGGAAGAAUGUCCCUUACAUUGGUGAUCAGUGGGAAGAAUGUCCCUUACAUUAGUGGUCAGUGGGAAGAAUGUCCCUUACAUUGGUGAUCAGUGGGAAGAAUGUCCCUUACAUUGGUGAUCAGUGGGAAGAAUGUCCCUUACAUUGGAGGUCAGUGGGAAGAAUGCCCCUUACAUCGGUGAUCAGUGG